AUGUAUUUCCAAAAUCUACGUCAAGAAAACGCCGAAAUACGCCUCAUACGGCAUCGGCUCGGACCCAGCUCGACGGCCAGCUUCGACUUUGAGACGACCAUCGUCUCUCUCAACUCUCUGCCGCCCUACCACGCCAUAUCGUAUACCUGGGGCAGCCUCGUCAACACCACUUUCUCUGUCAUCACCGUCAACGGGCACAAGUGGCCCAUCUCCAACAACUUGCACUAUACUCUCACGCAGGUCCGCGCCGCCCAUGGCAAAGACACGUGGCUCUGGGUCGACUCCCUCUGCGUCGACAUGGAUCGUCAGCACGAGGUGGACUGGCAGCUGGCGCAGAUGCACCGCAUCUUUUCCUCGGCCGACUCUGUGUUUUUCUGCAUCGGGCCCGCGGCCAACGACAGCGAUAGUCUGCUUGGCUUUCUUAUACACUGGGGCCGGGAAGCCGUUGACGCCGACAUUUCGCCCAGUCUCGACUUCCUUGACGGCUUGCUUGCCGACGAAACCAAAUCGCUUCAUUUUUCGAGCACGAAAACGAGAAACACGAAUAGCUUUGUCCGUGCGCUACUCGAUGUGGACGAAAUUCGUCAUCAUGUUUUCGACGACGCCAUCAACGCCCUGUCACGCCGGCCCAACUGGAUUCAAUACUGGGCGAUCCAGGAGCUGGUGCUCUCAGAAAGCGGUAUUAUUUUGUGUGGAAACAAACGCAUGCCUCUGCAUCACUUUUACGCCAUCAUGAGGGCGCUCGGUCGAGUUCACCUAUGGCGCGGCGAGAUACCGCCUCUUGGCGGUGGCUGCUUCUUCAUGCCCAGCAAUGCUGAGAGUGAACAGCCCAAGACGCUGCAAGCCUUGCUCACAAGCCGGGCAGACCUGUACAGCAAGCUUCCCCAAGGUCCAUUUUAUCAGGGGGCUGAUCCGCGAGACGUCAUCUUUGCCUUCCUCGGCCUCGCCUCCGACCGGUGCUGCCUCGGCCUCGUUCCCGAUCAUGCAAUGACGACCCGAGAGGUGUACGCGGCGGCCACAUUGGCAAUGGCCCGGUGUGAUCCGGACAGCCGAGUUCUGGACCUGGCUUCAUUUCCCAAGGACAUUGCCGACCUGCCCACCUGGGUGCCCGACUGGAGCCGCAUCGGCCGCCUCGGCAGGCAGGAGUUGAUAAGCUUGGUCGCCGAUUUCCACCUCUUUCGUACCUCACAGCCCGUACCGGAAAUUGUCUUCCUAGACGAAUACACCCUGCAGCGGCGCGGCUUCGCGUGCAACAUCGUCAGGCGCGUAUUUCGGUACGCGGCCACCUUCUCUCCCACCCUGCAAGACAGACGCGCCGCCUGCGUCGACGCCAUGCUGGACUUUGUCCGCCUCUACGCCCAGGACUCGACAGACGACAAGGACAGCUUGGAGACGCGCCUCUGGCGCACCAUUACCGCGGGCUUCGCCGACGAUGCCCAGUCACGCAACGGAUAUCGUGAGUGCAGCCGCAAGCUGCUCCGUCAGGAGCCCAUGCCCGUGGAGGAAAUCUCCGCAGAGGGCAUCGACUGGAUCCAAAUGUACUCGGAGCCGACCGAAGAAGACGAUCGUCCGCAGACGCGGGUGGACAAGUUCAUCGCAGAUGCCUGGAGUAAGGUGGUGGACGUGGGGAGCUACCGCACGUUAUUUGCGACGAAAGACGGCAGGAUGGGGCUGGGGCCGUCAGAGAUGCAGCCGGGGGAUCUGGUCGCGGUGCUCGCGGGCAACACUGUGCCGGUCAUCCUACGGCAAGUCGACUCUGCGCACCAGUAUCUGGGACAGGCGUACAUCGAGGGCAUGAUGCACGGCGAGCUGGAUGCCGACCGGAGCGAGUACGAGUAUCAGGCAUUUGACCUUGUCUGA